UUUGGAUUUCAGAUAUUUGAUUUGAUCCCAAGUUGAAAAUGGCAGACACAAAUCCAUCUAAAAAAGAUUCUGAUGACACCCCUUCUUCACAGCAAGCAGCCCCUGAUUCACCUCCUUCACAAGGUGCAUACCCAACUCUACCACCUUCUACUCCAUCGAAUGUUACCCCUCAACAGCAAUCGCAAGGGUACCCUACCCAGCCGCAGUCACAGGGGUACCCAAACCAGCAACAGCCACAAGGAUACAACGCUCAGCAGCCACCACCACAGGGCUACCCCAACCAACAACAGCCCCCACCGCAGGGGUACCCGACCCAGCAACAGCCACAAGGGUACCCAACCCAGCAACAACCACAGGGGUACCCAAACCAACAACAGCCACAGGGGUACCAACAACCAUCACAGGCGUACCAACAACCAUCACAGGGGUACCAACAACCAUCACAGGGGUACCCUAACCAGCAGCCACCACAAGGCUACCCAAGACAACAGCAGCCACAGGGGCAUCCUAAUCAACAGCAACCACAACAAGGUUACCCUAAUCAGCAACAGCCUCAGGGCUACCCUACUCAACAGCAACCCCAGGGGUACCCUAACCAGCAACCACAAGGACACUACAAUCAACAACAAGGGUAUCCAAACCAGCAGCCUCAAGGCUACCAGGGUCAACAACCUGGCUAUGCCCCACCCCAGUCAGGAGGCUACUCACAGCCACCAGUAUCAGGCCAAGGUCAAGGUAAGCCUCCUGCACCACCUGGGUAUGUACCCCCACCAACAACAAAUGCCUCAAAAUCCCAGCCACCUGUGCCACCAGGGUUCACUUCCGAAUCAGCCAUAGGAUUUAAUCAGCCUAGAGCCCAGCCUCAAAACACAGGUGGUCAAAAUAUGCCACAAUGGAUGGCCCGUCCAGAAAACACGUCCAACUGCCCUCCUGGCCUGGAAUACUUGACCAUGGUGGAUCAAAUUCUCAUACAACAACAAGUGGAUGCUUUGGAGACUUUUACCUCAUUUGAAUCUUCAAACAAAUACACUGUCCUUAAUUCUUUGGGUCAGCAGGUUUACAUAGCAGCAGAAGAGUCAGAGUUAUGUAUGAGACAAUGUCUGGGCAGUAUGAGAGGUUUCGUCAUGCACAUGAUUGACAAUAUGGGACAGGAAGUAAUGAAAGUGACCCGAGAGCUGAAAAUUGGGGCCGGAUGCUGUUGGUUUGCCUGUUGUAACCCCUGUUCUUUGGAGGUCGUCGUAGAAGCUCCAGUUGGCAAGGUUAUUGGUAAAGUUAAACAACGAUGCAGCUUCGUUAGACCCCUAUUCGAUGUCAUGAAUGAGAAUGAUGAAGUCGUUUUUAAAAUCCAAGGCCCGUAUUGUAUGUGGGCUGGCCCCUGCUGUAUAGGGGACCAGAACUUUUAUGUCCACAGUCCCGAUAUGUCCAGAAAAGUGGCCACAAUCAGCAAGGAAUUUAGUGGACUGGUCAAGGAAAUGUUUACAAAAGCUGACAAUUUUGGAAUCUCAUUUCCAAUGGACCUUGAUGUGAACAUGAAAGCCACUUUGCUAGGAUCUGUCUUUCUCAUUGACUUCAUGUAUUAUGAGUUGUUGAAGUCACCAACAACUUGAAGGCAUCAUCAAGUAACACAGCAUUUGUUCCUCACACACACACACACAACACACACACACACCACACACACA